CAUCGCAGGUAGUCAAGCACAAGAGAAAGUGGGAGGAGCACGGGAAGCGGCUCGGGGCGCCACCAACACGCAGCACGAUUGCGCGGUGGCCGGACGCAUUUCGAGAUUAUCCGAGAUUUCCUGCAGCUGAUCGGGCUGAUAGUUGGCGCGGCGGGGUACACCAAGGCGCCGGUAGAGUCGAGUAUCGGUGCGCGGUGGCCGUGGAUGAUCGUAUCGGGGAUCCCGAAGGCGCUGGGUCUGGAAGUGGGCAGACUUGAGCACAACCACAGGCACGAGCAUUGGGUUUUUUGUGGUCUUCUGCGCGAUCGGACUGAUGUGCCUGGGCAUGUGGGUGUUUGGAUCGGUCGUGGAGCGCACGGCUGCGGGCAAGGGGGAGAAGGAGGAUGGCGAGGAUAUCGGCUUUGAAAAUGAGACAACGACCGGCGCCAGCAUUUUGAAUCCGUUUGGCAGUAUGCCCAAGUGGAAGCGCAUGCACAUCCUGUAUCUGGUACUGUCGACGCUCUAUAUUCCGGUGCUGAAGCUGAGCCUGGAGGCGAUUGUGUGGGACCAGGGCUUCUGGGCGGUCGCCAAUCCGUUCCGGACCACCGACAAGCCGUCGUUCCCGGCGCCUACGGCCGGGCACCGCGACCCGUCAAAGUUUUGCUACACAACUACCAUGCGCAAUGGGGCGUUCAGCGCAGCAUACAUUUUGCUGCCCGUAGGCAUUGUGGUGUUUAUCGGCUACGGACUGUACUUGCCGUGGCAGAUCAAGAAGCUGGCGCAUAAGCACAUGCCAAACGUCAUUGGCUGGGAUAACGGCAAAUCCAAUGUUGCGUUCGAGGACGUCGCCGGUCCGCAGCCGGCAGGAAGUCCAGAUGGUGGGGCGACUGCGCGUCGCGUGCAUUGGGACACUGAGGAUAUGUCGCGCUCAGUCGCCAGCGACGUGCAGGCGCGCGAUAACACCAACCCAUUGAUGCAGCAUGUGGGCGAUAUGUUCGACAUCGACCCGAUGCAGAUCCAGCAGCUGGGCGCAGGCAUACCAGAUGUUCAACGGGCAAAUGUUUGAAGGCAGUGAGGGAGAAAACUUUUUGCCGGCAGUGCUUCAACUGGGUGCAGAACCAGUGGAAUGGCCAUGGCCAGGAGGAGGACUACUCGGGCAUGUCGCAGGACGAAGCGUAUA